CCUCUUCGUUCCAUCCCCCACAACAUAACAUAACGUGCUGCUGUCGGUCCGGAUUGUUGGACCAGUUUGGAAUCGGGAGCAUUGCAGCACAUUUGGAGAGGUCAGAGGCCGGAGGAUCUUCGCUCCUUCAUCAGGGCAUCAGCCCAGUGAUUUCAGCCUCCUCAGACCAGGUCAAACCACACCGCUUCUUUCUCAUCAGCUGCGCCUAACAUUUCAGCAUGUCUAAAAAGAGCGAAAAUCCAGCGGAGGGUAAAGAGCCCGAGAGCAGCUGGAAAGAUGCGAUCUACAACCCCAGGACCGGAGAAUUGUUCGGCCGGACCGCGCGCAAUUGGGGCCUCAUCCUGCUCUUUUACUUGGUCUUCUAUGGCUUCUUGGCUGCCAUGUUUGUCUUCACUUUGUGGGUGAUGCUUCAGACACUGAAUGACGACACACCAAAGUAUCGAGAUCGUGUUGCGUCCCCAGGAUUGGUUAUCAGGCCAAAUUCUUUGAAUAUAGAGUUUAACAGAUCGGAUCCCUUUGAAUAUGGCCAGUACAUCCAGCAUCUAGAAUCGUUUCUGCAUCAAUAUAAUGACUCGGAACAAGCCAAAAAUGACUUGUGUAUGGCGGGACAGUACUCUGAGCAGGAUGGGGAACCUCUGAAAAAGGUUUGCCAGUUCAGGAGGAGUUUUCUGCAUAGUUGCUCUGGGAUGGAGGAUACCACCUUUGGCUAUGCUAAAGGACAGCCAUGUGUUAUUGUUAAGAUGAAUAGGAUUAUUGGUCUUAAGCCAUCUGGAGAUCCGUACAUCAACUGCACUUCAAAGAGUGUGAAACCUCUCCAGAUGCAGUAUUUCCCCCAUGAGGGGACUAUUGAUAGGAUGUACUUCCCAUACUAUGGGAAAAAGACACAUAAGGGUUAUGUUCAGCCUUUGGUUGCUGUAAAGCUGUUGCUUAAGAAGGAAGACUACAACUCCGAGCUGAUUGUAGAGUGCAAGGUUGAGGGCUCCAACCUCAAAAACAAUGAUGAGCGUGACAAGUUUCUAGGCCGCGUCACCUUCCGGGUCCUGGUGACCGAAUAAAGCAGUUGCUGGUGCGGACGCUGAAGGGGAACUUGUGCUACUUUUCCUCCCUGUUGUCUCUGAUCUCCUUUUAAGCCCUCGAGUGUACGUCCUGCUGGUCCUCAGCAGGACCUAAAGGACCUGAUUUAACUCUCCAGACAGGCAUGACUGAUUGAUUUUUGUUAAUGAAUCCCUCUCACCGUGUCUUAACAGGAUCCCUGUUUAGUCUGCUGUCAAGCUCCUCCUCCUGCUGAGCGUCACCGAACAUUUAAUUGAAUUUUAACCCAGGGCCUCGCAUUCCCUAGAUGUUUUGAAUUCUUUAAUGUUGUACACUUAAAGGAACACUCAACCUUUUGAGACAUAGGCUCGUUUUAUGGCUCCCCUAGUGUAUUUUUGAAUUUAUUCAGUAAAUCUGUGGUUCUAGCUCAAAAAUUAGAUGCAGUUUAAUUAUGCAGCUCCCAGAAUUAUUUUCCUACUCGGUAACAUCGCUGCAUAAUAUCAUUGAGCUUACUGAAGCGAUGGUACAGCAGCAAAGUUCCUUGAUUGUUACACCAGAAUCAGAGUAUAGUUCCUAGACAAAACAUCAUAUAAAAUUGCAACUUUUCAAUUUGUUUUCGACUUAGAACAUGAUGUAACUAAGAGUCAAGUUUAAAUAAGAAAAUUACCCAAUUAUCUAAAUGCUAAUGGUCUAAUCCGAUUCAAUGAUUUAUGCUAAGCUAAGCUAAAAGUGCUCCGGCCAGAAAAUUGAUUUAUUAACAGUAAAACUACACUGACAAAACAAAACUCAAAGCUAAAAAUCAACUCUAGAUGACUUGCGCAAUGAUCCUAUUUCCAGAACAAGUGUUCCUUUAAAGGGUUUUUUUUUGUUUACAUUGUGAUUGAAGAGACGGGUUAGAUGCUAUCUUAAUCCAUGGUUGGUGUUUUUGUGUUUGUGUUACUCUUUGUGAAUAUAUUUAAUGAUCGUAUUGACAUAUUGCUGUAAGACGUGCGUUGAAAAAGUGGCAUAAUUUGGCACUUUUUCGAAGUAUGAAAUAUGAUAGGUGCCAAAUUUGUAACCUAAAUGAUUUUCAUAACCUCUGCAUGGAUCUUUGUCCGUGCAGAUGCCUUAAGAACCAUUUAACAUCUUGGUACAAAUACUAUUUUGACAAAUAAAGAAGAAAACACAAGUA